AUGGGUGCUGCCUCAUGUAGAAACUCUAGAUCAUCUGAACAAAAUCAAGUAAAAGAAGAAAGCAAAAAAAUUACUGUUGGUGUAUUUGGUCUUGAUAAUGCCGGUAAAACAUCAGCUGUUAAAGCAAUUGAAGGCUCUCGAACAAAAAAUGUUGUACCAACAAUCAAUGCAAGUACAUCAAUGGUUCCAUAUCCAAAAACAACAAAACAUGACGAAAAAUCUGAGGAACGUAUAAAAAUGAUUGAUGUAAGUGGUGAAAGAAAAUAUCGUGAACAAUCAUGGUCUGAUUAUUAUGAUGAAAUACAUGGUUUAAUAUUUGUUAUUGAUGCAAGUGAAAACAAACGAAUAAGAGAAAAUAAAAAUACACUUGAAGAUUUACUUGGCAAUGAUAAACUUCGAAAUAAACCAAUACUUAUUUUGGCAAAUAAACAAGAUCUUAGAGGUGCUUUAAAUAAAGAAGAUGAUAUCAAAGAAAAACUUGAAAUUGAACAAUUAAGAAUACGACAUAAAAUUAAAUUUUGUACAGCAAUACCAAAUAAAGAUAAAGGUGAAGAUUCAAUUCGAGAAGGUUUUUCAUGGUUAAUACAAACAAUUGAAGAUAAUUAUACGGAUUUAAAUUCACGUGUUAAUAAUGCAAAGAAUUCUCAGCGACCAAAACCAAUUGAAAGAAAACAUGGAAAAUUUGAUGAAUCAGAUAGUGAUGAUGCAAUUGUAUAUCCAAAAAAACGAACAACAUCACCACCAUUAAAUAAAUUUAAUACAGAUUAUCGUUCAAUAACUAAUUCAACUAAAUUACCAAAUAUAGAUUUAAAUAAAACAAAACCAAAAAUAUCAGGUCAUGAUACAUAUAGUGAAGAUGAGAAUGAUGAUUAUAAUAAUAAUGUUCAUUCUCGUGUACGUCCAGUUGUUUCUCCAGUUGAUUUCGAUAAUAAAUAUCGUAAUCAUUCAUUAAAUCCAUUAAAUUCAUCAACAACAAAUACAUUUAAUAAGAAAAAAAAGAAACUUAUUGGUCCUCCUAGUGGUAAUAAAGAUACAUUAAGUAAAAAAUCAAAUGAUAAUGAACCAAAAUCAUAUCGAGCAUCAUAUGAACCAUUUCCUGAAGAAGUACCAUUUUCAUCAUCAACAAAAAAAACAAUAAAAACUGAUGAUACCAUGCCUAAACCAUUUACAAGAUCAUCAAUAUCAAAUGAACCAACAAAACGUCAAAUAAGCCCACUUAUUCAUGAUACAAAAUCUUAUCAUAGUAGUUCAAUAUCAAAAGGAGCUAAUUAUAGUGAUAAUGAUGAUGAUGAUUUUAAUCAAAAACAAAAACAUAAAUCAACAAUUCCAUCAAAAACUCGAUUUGAAGAUGAUGAUGAUAAAAAAUAUCCAUCAUCUUUAUCAACAAAUAAACCAUUAUCAACUUUCAAAAAAUCAACAUCAGGUAUUUAUGGUGCUGAUGAUGAUGAUGAUGACGAUAAAAUAAAUAAUAAAAAUAAUCGUCCAAAGAAAUUCCAAAAGCAUGGUGAUGAUGACGAUGAUGAAAAUGAUUAUUUAAAAAAAACAACAUCUAAAACAACAAAACCUUUUGAUUCAGAUGAUGAUGAUGAUAAGAAGUAUAAUAAAACCAAUCAAAGUUCAUCAGAUCGUUUUAAUCUUAAUAAUGAUUAUCGUCGAAUAACAUCAAAACCACCACCAUCUCCAUUAAUAACAACAAAAAAAACAAAAGAUGAUGAAGAUGAUUUUCCAUCAACAUCAUUAUCGAAGCCUUUAAAUCGUUCAAGAUUUAACUAUGAUAAUCAUCUAUCAACAUUAUCGAAGACAACAACUCGUUCGACAACUGAUGAUGAUAAUGUUCGACCUUCAUCCACAUUGAAAUCAAAUAUACAUUCGAAAUAUAAUGAUGAUGAUGAUGAUUAUGAUAAUAAUUUUAAUCAAAAACAAAAACAUAAAUCAACAUUUCCAUCAAAAACUCGGUUUGAAGAUGAUGACGAUGAUAAAAAAUAUCCAUCAUCUUUAUCAACAAAUAAACCAUUAUCAACUUCCAAAAAAUCAACAUCAGGUAUUUAUGGUGCUGAUGAUGAUGAUGAUGAUGAUAAAAUAAAUAAUAAAAAUAAUCGUCGUCCAUUUGGAACUACUCCGACAAUAACAACAGCAAAGAAAUUUCAAAAGCAUGAUGAUGAUGAUGAUGAAAAUGAUUAUUUAAAAAAAACAACAUCUAAAACAACAAAACCUUUUGAUUCAGAUGAUGAUGAUGAUAUGAAGAAUAAUAAAACCCAUCAAAGUUUAUCAGAUCGUUUUAAUCUUAAUAAUGAUCAUCGUCGAAUAACAUCAAAACCACCACCAUCUCCAUUAAUAACAACAAAAGGAACAAAGGAUGAUGAUGAUUUUCCAUCAUCAACAUCAAAAUAUGGAAUUCGUUCGAAAUAUGAUAAUGAUUACCCGACAUCAUCAUUAUCAAAACCAACAACACACGCCAAAAAGGAUGAUGAUGAUGAUGACGAUGAUUAUAAAUCUAAAUCGAAACCCAAAGUACCUUCAAAAUACAAUGAUGAUGAUGAUGAUGAUCUUCCGUCUUCGUCAUUGAAAUAUGGAACUCGUUCGAAAUAUGACACUAAUUAUUCAACGUCACCAUUAUCAAAACCAACAACGCAUUCAAAACGUAGUGAUGAUGAUCGAUCACCUUCACCUUUGAAAUCAACUUCACUUGCGAAAAAAAUUGAUGAUAAAGUUCCAUUUCCAUCAUCAAAACUAACUGGACGAUCAAAAUAUGAAGAUGAUGAUGAUGAUGAUCGUCCAUCGUAUCAUUCAAAAGCAACAACUCGUUCCAAAUAUGACAACGAUGAUCGAUCUACUUCUCCUGUAACAUCAAAACCUCGGUCUAAAUUUGAAGAUGAUGAAUAUCCAUCAUCGUCAUCUAAAGUUGUAUCACAUUCAAAAUAUGAUGAUGAUGAUGAUCGUCCAACAAAUUCACCGAAAUUAACAUCUCGUUCGAAAGGUUCCGAUGAUGAUUUUAGUGGUAGAGGUGUACGAUCUCGUUUUGGACAUGAUGAUUUCGAUUCAUCAAAAGGUGGAUUCAAUAAUGCUCGAGCAGGUUCAGCUUCAGCUCAUCGAUUUCGACCAAAUACAAAUUUUGACACUUGA